CGAAGUGAAAAAAAUGUGGGUGCAAUUAUCGUGGGUGGGUGCUCGGACACGAACUCCAACUGUGAGCUAUACCCAGGUGAAUACUUGUUUAACAUUGUUAGUGUAUCUUUCAUGGGGAAAAAUUCAUGCAUCUAUAGGAGAAAGAUAAUGGAAAAUGGGAAAGGCAAGUUAGCAAGUGAAUUUGCAGCAAUGAGGGUAACCGACCCGUACAGUACCAAUGGCAGUGAUGGAUUGUUUCAGGUUAUGAGAGCAGUUGAAGCUGCCGAGGCAACGAUCAAACAGCAGGUGGAAGAGAACAAUCGAUGGAGAUCUGAACUUCAGAAAAAAAAUGAGGAACUUGAGAAAUAUAAAUCAGGUGAUGUCAAAUAUCCAACCUCUCAAUUUUCUGAUCGGUUGGGUGAUCAUGAACUGCAUCGAAAUGAUCAAAUAGUUCUAAAUUUGAGAAAUCAAAUUGAUGGUGAGAGAAAUGCGGGAAUUACUUCUGAACAUGAUUCGCCAAAUUCCUUUGCUCUUGAAUCAGAUGUGAUUCGAAGUGAUAAAAAUCAUGCAAUGAGAAUUUUUGCAGAAAGCCAAAGUGAUAGCAAUACAGUCAAUAGAUCAUUGAACAUGACUCAUGGAGAAUCAGAUAAUUUUGGCGUCUCCCAGAUUCUGUCACCAUCCAUCACAUUGUUUACCCCUGCAAGGUACAUGCAAGUAGGCAAUUUGGAUCCAGAGUUCAGAUAUUCGGGAAAGGAUUUGAUUUCAAUGGCUGACAGUAGUUCGAAGCAGGGUAUUGUUGUGAGGAUACGGGAGCACGAAGAGGAGAUUCUACAGUUGAGCAAGCAUCUUGCAGAAUAUUCAAUAAAGGAAGCACAAAUUAGCAAUGAGAAAUAUGCACUCAAGAAAAGAAUGUCAUACAUGCGUCUGGCAUUUGAUCAGCAACAGCAGGAUCUCAUUCUUGCUGCUUCUAAAGCAGUUUCCUACAGACAAGACAUAAUGGAGGAGAAUGUUCAUCUAACGUAUGCAUUACAGGCUGCUCAACAAGAAAGAACAACAUUCAUAAAUUCUCUAAUGUUCUUUCUUACGGAGUAUUCUCUCCAGCCGCUUACUUCCGAUGCACAAUCCAUUGUCAGUAAUGUAAAGGUUCUGUUUAGACAUUUACAGGAGCAGCUUCUUGUGACUGAGGGAAAGCUCAAAGAAUCACAGUACCAGCUAGCACCCUGGCGUUCAGAUGUGAAUCCCUCCAACUUCAUGCGGGCUCCGAUUUAUCCUAUU